UAGAAAAAACCCCUGUUGCAGCCCCUUUGUUGCAGCGUAUAUGUAUUAAUACCCUGCAACAACCAGUUGGUCAACGCGGGUCAAACCCUGUAAAGGGUUAUCGCAGCGUACAUUUUUAUUGUUCGCUGCGAAAUUAUUUAUUGCAGCGUACAAAAAUUAAAGCCCGCAGUAAUAUCCAGACACUGUUGCGGCGUACAUGCUAUUGUACCCUGCAACAGGUCCGUGUUUCGAAAUAGGUUGCUGCAAUAAUAUUAUUUCGUGAAUAUUUAAUUCUAAUAUCUUCAUUAUCCCGCGCUCAACUCCAACUCUCCAAGCAUUGUGGAAUCUUUUCGCCGUCGAACUCAUCCCUUGCUCGGCUCUGCGUCGCCGGUCGAACUCAGCCUUUGCUCGGCCCUGCAUCGCUGUCCUCGCCGGUGGGUGUCUGGUCUUGCCUCAUCUCCUCCGUCGCGUUGCUGUCCUCGCCGGUGGCUGAACCACGACUUUUCAGUCGCUGAAAACUCGAUCAGCUUGGUCGGUCGGGGGUUCAGCGUCCCCCCGUCGCGUCCUGGUUCCGGUGGUUGCUCGGCCGUCACUCUCCUCGCCACAACAACAGAGUGUUACAAUUUUGUCAACUUGUCAUCAACCAGAGAACCAUUUCUGAUUACAAUCGAGACAAAGGAUUUCCCUUCAGUUCAGAAGAAGAUGGCAGAGCUGAUCAAAGGAAAGAUUCUGGUUAGCCAUGCUUUGCGUAAUGAUUUCAACAUUACCUCAACUGGGAAUAUGACUUCAGAGUCUCAAAUCCACCCGAAAGAACGCAAACACUGCCAUCUGGAGUUGGUCAAGGCUCAUCAGAGGUCGAGGUUGACAAAAACCAACGCUAUCAGUCUACAUUACAAUUUGCUGCCAGUCUUCUCCUUCAAAUACAGCAGCAACAACAGCAGCAGCAGGCAAGUCCUCAUAUGGGAAACCAGCAGUGAGAUUUUCGUAGGUAUGUUUAUGUACAUCUCAUAUGGGAAACCAGCAGCAGCAGGCAAGUCAGGAAUGAACAAAGUUAUUAGAGUUCAUGAAGAGUUUUUCCUUCCUGGUGAAAUAAUUUUGGAGCAAGGAAAUGUAGUAGAUCAACUUUAUUUCAUAUGCCAUGGAUUGCUGCAGGAGGAGGUUGGCAUAGGGCAAGAUGGAUCAGAACAGACGAUAUCACUUCUUGAACCUAACAACACAUUUGGACAAAUUUCCAUUUUUUGUAACGUUCCUCAUCCUAGUAUAGUCGGAGUUCUUGAACUCUUCCGGCUUCUGCGGAAUGACAGAGAGUCAUUGAGUAAUAUUAUUGAUAUUUACUUUUAUGACGGUAAAAAAAUAUAAGACAAUCUCCUUGAGGGAAAUAAUAAUGGGAAAUACAACUUGAAGCAAGUUGAAUCUGAUAUUGCAUCUCAUAUAGCAAAGCAAGAAUCAAAACUUGCUCUGAAAGUAAACAAUGCUGCACACCAUGGUGAUCUUUAUCAACUAAAGAGUUUGCUUAAUCCUGGAGCUGAUCUAAAGAAGAUAAAUUACAAUGGAAGAUCUCCACUGGUCUAUACUCCGAGGAAUGCACCUUAUGCUAGUGAGGAAAUUGAUGUGGUUCAUGAUCAAUGGGCUAAGUUUUUUACCAGCAAGUAUUUAUUAUUAGCCUGAGCGCGCUUGAUCGAGUUGUUUAGAUGUUAUAGAACAAUUUUUUAUAAAAUGUAUGCGUACGUUGAAAUUGGAACAUACAUAUAUUUAAAUGUAUUGGUACGUGCACUUUGGUUUUGGGAUAUAUACAUAACUACAUUUAUUGUUUUUA